CGGCCGUUGAUCGUGUGUGUUGUGUGUGCGUGCUAGAAGAAGAGACUUUCACUACGGGUCACUUUUAAGACUCAACCCCAAAGUCAUCCACAACUCCAGCUCGCUGCGAGGCUUAAUUAAUGCGCUUCGCACGCGUUGUCAUAGGCAUAUAGUAGGAGAAGAGCCUGAGCUGGAGACAGGGCCAAAGCCAAGCCAGAGCCAGAGACAGAGCCAUAGUCGGCGGCCCCAAACGAGUUGUUGUGUUUAUGGUUUUUACUCUUUCGAAUUUGGUGAAAUCAAUGCGUAGAAAGUGAAUCCGAGGUUGGCGCUGACGUUACGCAAAGCCGUGGAAAAGUGAAAAGCCGCGGAAAACCUGGCCGCUCUAAAAUCGCACCAAAAGUGCAGCUGCCCAUUUAGAUAUUCGGGAGACUGAUACAAUACUGAUUGCCGUUGCGUGCGCCGCCUAAAAUAGCUCCUAGGCUCUAAUUGUCGGCUGUCCGACCGGAGCAACACCUGGUCGAGCGUCGGCCCCCUGCCGACAAAGAGCGGCCGCCGCAUGCGUCUCAUCCAAACGGCCACCAGCGGUGCUGCUGCGACUGUUCUGCAGUCCCACUCCCAGUCGCAGUACAACUACACCAACAUGCGCGAAGAUGAUAUCGAGCUGGCCAUCAAAGUGGUGAUUGUUGGAAAUGGUGGCGUUGGGAAAUCAUCGAUGAUACAGCGCUACUGCAAGGGCAUAUUCACCAAGGACUACAAGAAGACGAUCGGCGUGGACUUCCUGGAGAGGCAGAUCGAGAUAGACGGGGAAGACGUGCGCAUAAUGCUGUGGGACACAGCCGGGCAGGAGGAGUUCGACUGCAUAACAAAGGCCUAUUACCGUGGGGCACAGGCGUCAGUGCUCGUUUUCUCCACGACAGAUCGGGCCUCGUUCGAAGCCAUUAAAGACUGGAAGCGCAAGGUGGAGAACGAGUGUAACGAGAUACCCACGGUGAUUGUCCAGAACAAGAUUGAUCUUAUCGAGCAGGCCGUGGUCACUGCCGAUGAGGUGGAGACCCUGGCAAAAGUGCUCAACUGCCGUCUGAUACGCACUUCCGUGAAGGAGGACAUCAAUGUUGCAUCCGUCUUCCGCUAUCUGGCCACCAAGUGCCAUCAGCUGAUGAGCCAGAGCUACGACCAGACCGGCAGCCAGCAGCACUCGUCCAGCCAUCCGCCCUACAACAGUACGCCCACAAUCAGCGCCUUCAGUCCGACCUUCACCAAGUCCAGCAGCGGCACCAUUGUGCUCCGUCCGGCCAAGAAGGGCAGCGGGUCCAGUGCGGCGCGGAAACGCAAAAUAGUUCUCAAAAAGUGCGGCAUCUUGUAAGGUAAGGGAAUCAUCGCAGGGGGAUGAUGCCUGCUCGGCAGGCAGUCAAGCAGGGAGUAUGGAUGGAUGGAUGGAUGGAUGGACGAGAUGUUGGCAAUUAAUAACUGGAGCAUCUUUAACGCUUAAUUAUUUAUGAGCCUAAUGAAGUUGUGGCCAGUUGCCAGUGGCCAGCCAACCGUUGGAAGCAGCCACUGGCACAGCCACAGGCACAGCCAUUCACUAGUCGUGCACAGACUCCGCGUGAUGUGGCCCAGACAUGCUAGAAAGCAGCGAUAAUCCGAAACAGUAAAGAGCAUCUUUGGGAUACUCCUCGAAGUGCAGAUACCCUUGCAGAUAUACCUAAACACUAAACGCAUAAAGUAUUUUAAUAGAUAGAUAAAAGAUGAUUACUAAGUUGCUUUCACUUUGACAAGCGUACAAACCAUCCAUAAACCCCGCAUCUGCACAAAUACUUAGAUCAUUUUUAUCUGACUAAAUAUGCAUUUGAUGCAUAAACAACAGUAUCCGCGAUCGGAAAGGGUAUCCGAGUUCUCAAAACCAUAACCAAUAUGCAUUGUCUUAUGCAGCUACUCAAAAAUUACCCUAAUUAGCUAUAGAUAUCAAAUAUCAAAUCAGGAUUUAUUGUACUGAUAUUAUGCCCCCCUUUUUCUAUAACGGAGACUGAUGCAGCAAUGCGCCUCAUAUCGGAUAUGUAUGUAUAUAUACUUUCAUAUGGGCUUGUACUGGCCUAAGCAAUUAUUAAAAUUAAAAGGCUAUUUAUUAACCACGCUAGCGCAGCCCAGAUGUUCAUGUGAGAAUAGAUCCCUCCGCCAAUUAGCUUUGGAGAAUGUGCAAUUAAUAAUUCAGCUUAUAUAAUUACUAGCUAAUUGAAAGUCAUGACAAGGCGCAAUUCGGCUCGCCUUCACGUUCUAUGCAAAAUUCCACAUCGACUCCGAGCGGAAAAAUACUUUACUCGAGAUAAGCCUGCACAAGAGAGGACAACUCAUCUAACAAAAUAACAAACUCUAUACUAAGCCUACUCUCAUAUUGUUUUAUUUAAAAUA